AUGUCAGCACUGUCGUCGAAAAAAAGAAGGUCGAUCCUGUUGCUGCGAUCGCUGGCGUAUAACAUAACGGGCAGCUCGGAGCUGCUGAAUUUGAAGGAGGCCGGCGACCUGCUGUACAGCAUGUCCACGUUGAACUUUCCCGACGAGAACUUGCUGUCGAGGAUCGCCGCCGACACGUGUUCGGAGCUCGAAAACGCUGGCUCCGAACUGGAGAAGAUCGCGAGAAAGAGCUCGGUCGUCGGGUCUAUCUUGACCAGCUUGUUUCUGCCACAGUUGACACCGUCCGAGGCAGGAAAAUCCUCGGUUUGGUUAGAAGUCGUGUGGUCUCUAGUAUUAUUGAAUAAAGCCACAGAUGAACACAUAUCUAGCAUAUUGGAUCCCAUGUUUCUGAAGCAACUAGAAGCGAAUCAACCGUCACCUGAUUCAGGAAAUAGUAUAAGUUCUGGCAAGGUGUUCAAAGGCCAGCGACCCAUUAAUUCUAUGGUAGCUGCAGUUUUUGAUUCCUUGAAGGGUGAAAACAGUCAAAUCAAGACCCCUCAAACAGAUUCCAAACUUGUAGAAGCCACAACUGUAGGUGAAUUGCUUACUGUAACAGAUGGUAAUGGAGUUUCAAGAAGGCAUGCAUUGAAGGUAGUUUCAAUUCUAGCAGAUUGGUCAUCUACUGGUAAAGUGAAGCUGUCUGAUUUCGAAACUGAUCCAAGAUUUCUGAGAUUGUGCAGAAUCUUGAGCAAACAAUCAUCUGCAGUAGCAAAAACUAGCAGGAACAUAUCUCAUGGUGAGGAUCUUUCCACUAUAUUGAAUAUAACUGCUGAGGAUGAGGCUGCUAAAAUGGUGACAGGUUUAACUUUAUCACAAAUGGUUAAGACGGAAACUGCUAUUCUCGAGUCGCGAAAGAGUUUACUCUGGUUAAGUUUCCGCAGAUGGAUCCAACCAUAG